UAAUGAAAUUAAGAGCAUGAUGGGAAUUCAAUGGCGGCAUAAAUUCAGUGAAACUAUCGUCCUUGAAAUAUAUUAACUUUCCCUAUCUACUUGCUCAUUUAAUUCCCAUUAAUGUGUCUUUGCAAACUUCAAAAUAUAAAAGUCUUGCACUCAUGAUCAAGUACAUUGUUAUGGGAUUGCGUGGAUUCUUCUUACUGGCAGCCAAAAUAUGGAGUUUCAUUUGCUACUGUUUUAAACGACAAGCCAGGGCUAUAAUUCAGCACCAGACAGUUAAAUAUGAGUGCAUACCAUUGUCACCAUUAUCUAAACACCGACUGAGUAUGUUAAAAAGAAAGAUAUUGGUUUUAGAUUUAGACGAAACAUUAAUUCACUCUCAUCAUGAUGGGGUUCUUAGACAAACAGUUAAACCAGGAACUCCUCCAGAUUUUGUAUUAAAAGUAAACAUAGAUAGACAUCCUGUUAGAUUUUUUGUUCAUAAACGACCUCAUGUUGAUUAUUUUUUAGAUGUUGUUAGCCAGUGGUAUGAUUUAGUGGUAUUUACAGCUAGUAUGGAAAUAUACGGGGCUGCCGUAGCAGAUAAACUGGACAAUAAUAGGGGUAUAUUAAAAAGAAGAUAUUAUAGGCAGCACUGUCAGUUAAUGCAGGGAAGUUAUACAAAGCAGUUAACAGAAAUAUGUAAAGAUCUCUCUAGUAUAUUUAUAUUAGACAAUUCACCGGUGGCUUAUAAAAAUUAUCCAGAUAACGCUAUUCCUAUAAAGUCGUGGUUCAGUGAACCAACGGACAUAUCACUUCUAUGUUUACUGCCGAUGUUAGAUGCUCUACGAUUUUGUCACGACGUGCGAUCAGUACUUAGUAGAAACUUACACUUACAUAAAACAGUUUGAGGAUAUUUUAGAGUAUUACCAUGAUAAUAAUUUGUCUCGUCAUCAUCAUAUAGCCUGAGGACCACUACCUCUGAAGUAGAGAUCUGUAUGGUAGCUUGACAGGGACAAGAUUGGCAGAAUGUGACUUAAAUGUAUGGUGUGCUCUACCGGACAUAAAUGGCAGUGUGAAUGCAACCAUAACCUUGUAUGAAUGCUUGAAGGCAGCAAGAUAUAUAUCACUGUUUUGUAUGAAGGUUUCAAACAUAUAUGUAUUAAUUGUGUAAACAAAAACUUGAAAAUAUUGUGAAAUUUUCCUUUAUAUUUGAGAUAAGUCACCAGUCUAAGGUUUAAAAUGCAAAAAUUACAAAUGUAUUCUCUUUUUCUGUCUCUUACAAUGUUAACCAUAUCUAUGAAAUACUUUAUGUUAGAAAAUGAAAAAUUAUAUGCUUAUUAACUAUUAUACACUUUAUUUUUUUAUCUUUUAUGAAUGAAAGAAGAUUACGAGUAUACUGUGGAUUCACUGUUAUUCGUGGGAUACCAAUUUUCGUGGAUUUCGUUAAUACAGGUGAACCACGAAUUCAAAUGUUUAAUGAAUUUCAAAUUUUCCAUAAGCUUGUAUGCAGAUUUUAGCAAAACCACGAAAUCAAAUAUCCACGAAAAUGCAAGUUUUCCUCAAUCCACGAAAAUUGGUACCCACGAAAAUAAAUGAAUCCACAGUACCUCAUUUAGACAGCAACCCAAUGACACCAAAAAUUGAGAACAUAUCUAGAGGUCAAAAUAUAUCUUUAACAUAUCUAGAGGUCAAAAUAUAUCUUUAACAUUUGUCGUUGUAAAAUUUUUGAAAAAACAUGUUAAUCAAGCAAAAUAAAUGAUACAAGAAAUAUAUCGGAUGACUUUCUUUUUAAAUCUGAUUGCAUUGUUGAAAUAGGUUAGGACAUGUUGAAUGCUGAAUAAAACAGUAAAUUUUAUGUAAUUAUACUACUGUGGAUUCAUCAAUAUUCGUUGGAUACCAAUUUUCGUGGAUUUCGUGGGUACAGGAGAACCAUGAAUUCAAUUGUUCAACGAAAUACAAAUUUUGUAAAGGAAUGAGUGUAGACUUUGCCAAAACCAUGAAAUUAAAUAUCCACGAAUAUGUAAGUUUCCUCAAACCACGAAAAUUGGUACCCACGAAAACAAAUGAAUCCACAGUAAUUAAUUGCCGUUUGCCUUAAUUAAACUUGAAUAAUUUAAUUGAGAAGAUAAAUUUAAAGUAGAGACUAUUUGGCUGGAAUAUGUAAAAUUAAAAGAUUCUAGAGUGGCUUAUGUUUAAGAUUUGAAAUACAAAAAAGUAUGGGUAUGAAUAAUUAUAUUCAGAUGAAUAAUUAUUUUUACUACUAAAAACUAUUAAAAAAUGGUUUUUUUCUGUCUGAGCAGCAUUUAUACAAUAAAAAAUUAUGUAUGGACGUCAUUAAUAAUGGCAGAUUCACAAAACCAAAUUUUAAGACUGGUUGAUUAAGGUGGUACCUAACACUUUCACUCAAAUUGAUUUGGCUCCUUUACUUUUCAUAAAAUUUUGACAAAGUAUUAACUUUGACCCUUUAACAAAAAUAUAAAAUUUUCAGAAAUUUUGAACCAACCGUUUUAUCAGAAAAAUUACACUGGUUAUAUUGCAGUUUUACAAACACUAAUUUUUCAAUUGAGAAGCUUAAUAUUCCCUUUACAACACAACGUUAUUAAAACGUUUAGCUGACUUUACAGAGUUAUCUCCCUGUAGUGUGAGCUUUAUAUAUUGUAUAGACAUAUUUCUAUAUUUGAAGCCAGUAUUUUGACCUCUAGAAGUCCUUGAAUCAAUAUGCUUAUGUUACCGUCUCACAGGUAUAUCUCACAACUUCUUUUACACAUGUUUAUGUGAAUUCUAAGUCUGUUGAAACAUUGAGAGGACUCUAAAGUCUAGUUAUAUAAAAAAAAUUCAAUUAUAGAUAUACAUGUAAGAUAGCAGUGGAAUGAAAUAUAAACUCUUGAUUCUUAUAUGACAGUUUAAAGUGUAACGAUAGAGUCUAGGUAUACAUGGUCAGAGAAAAAUGAAAUUUUUAAAGUGAUUUAGUUUGGAUUACAAAUUUUCUUUCUGAAAUUGGUGAAAAGUAUAUUUGUCAUUGUCACCUGAAAAAGUAAUUUGCAGAAAAUUAUUUAAAUGCAAAUGUUUGCAUAUACAAUGUUUUGGUUUGAUAAGAAGUGCAAUAUCUUUAUUAAUAAUUUUGCUUUUAUUUUAAACAAAUGCUUGAAGUAUUUUGCCUGUCUUCCUGUAAUAUUUACACACAUGUUAAUUAAAAAAUACUUGAGGCAUUCAUAAAAUUUCAGGUUCUACAAAACAAUAUUGUAGUAAUAGUUACUUAGUUUUCUAAGGUUGUCUUUCUAUGGUCUUAAUCUUUAGGAUGCUUUGUACACCUCAUAACUUUUCAUAAACUUGUUAUGUAUUACAAUGUUUUUGUUUUGAAAGUAAUGGACAAGUAUUAGUUUACUGUAUGUUAAGGUGGGGACAAAAUUGUUUAUAUCAGGAACCAAAGGUAUCUGUCUUCCCUCGAUAAUAAAAAAUCAUCUUUAUGUCAAAAUGAACUUGUAUUUUUUUUUAAAUUGUUAUUUGGAUGGAGAGUUGUCUCAUUGGCACUUACACCACAUCUUCCUAUAUCUAUUGGAAUAUUUGCUUUUAUCAUAAAUCUUAAAAUUUUAUGUAACAAGUAUUCUAAGCAUGGAUACAUUUGUUUUUGGAACUGAAUGUUUUUCUGGUUGAUUUAAAAAUAUCAACAGUUUUUAAUAAAUCUAUAAAUAAGUCUAUACUUCAUAAUUUGACUUCCUGGUUUACCUGUAAUUACACACACAUUAGUUUACCUUUAAAUCUAUUGUAGGUUAGGUGAACACAACACAACAAUGCUGUCAGAUGUUUGCUAAUUUGAUUUGCUUAUGUCAUUAAAACCUAUUGAACUUUUGACAUCAAGCUAUUUUCUUUGUUUAUGUUUGUUUUUAUUUCUUGACAUUAUCCUAAUUAGGUAUCUUAACAUUUUAUUGUUGAUCAGAAAACAAUUAUAGUUAAAACUUGGCAAGGAAUAUUUUAUUAAGAUUUCAAGGUUAAUAAAAGAAAUGCAGGCUGUUAUAGUGGCAUUAGGUGUCAAAGUGAAGAUCACAGAUCAAAUUCAUCAUAUUUGAUUUAUAAUGUACUAAAAUGUAUCCAAAUUAUAAAAAGUCUUAAAUUUGAUCAAUUUACAAGGCAUUCACUCAAUAAAAUGUUUAAGCAUUUCAUGUGUAUUUUAGUCUUAAGAUGUUAUCCACUUAACCAUCAAGCUAACCUUAAAAGAUUGCAUAUUUAAAUUGCAAAGAUAAAUAUGGAUAUACAGUAGAUAGAUUUCGAGCACAGUCUAUUGGAUUUAAUUACAAAGCUUCAAUAAUAUUGAACCUAGUCUUAUCCACGUAACCUGCAGUCUUUUUGCUUAACCACCGACCCUCCAGGCCAGGCAUUUAAAUAGUCUUUCUGGCCUGUAAUAAAGUUUUCUACAGGCCAACAUGAUCAAUUUUUUUUUAAUGUUUAGUAAGAUUGAGCUUUAUACCUGAGGUUUGAAAGUUUCAUGAAGGUAAACUGAUUGUUCUAGGGUAGAAACUGGAUAUCUAAUAGAAUAAUGAUAGGAGUCAAAUUGUAAUGGUUUUCUGACUUAAAUAUUUGCAAAUUUCUUUGUUAAAGUUCAAUAUAUAGUGCUAUACUUAUACUACUACUUGAGUUAGUUUGUUUUGUUGAUUUUUUUUUAGAGUAUAUCAAACUCAAAUUUUAUCUAAGAAAAUGUGUACUUUUUGUUGACAUAUAUGAGAAGUAAUUAUAUAUAUAUAUAUGUUUAUUCUGAAUUAAUCAAAUUAGAAUAUUAUAUGUUGAGAUUUUUUUCAUACAAAAUCGAUUUUUUUUUCUAAACCCAGACACUGAUAGUUGUAUAACUGUUACAUAAGGAAGAUCAUAAUUUACAGCAUUAUAUAAAAAUGAUGAAAAUAUAUGGGAUAUCAAUAUUAUAUGAAAAUGUUACAAUUUAGUAUAAACUCACUUUUAAUUAGUCAGUACAGUGUUAAAUAAGUAAAUCAAAUAUUAAUUAUUCACUUUCAAACAAGGAUAUUUGAAUAAUCCAAAAUUAUAAUGCCCCUUAUUCAUGUCUUGUGUGAAAAGUUUGAAACUAUUUGCCCUUAUACAAAAUAACAAUCCAAAUCAUAAGGCAUUAUGAAUUAAUACGGUUGAACUUGCUCUGUAUUUUAUAAAUAAAUCUAUUAAUUUUAUUUGAUGUGUUUUUAUCUUCCUUAGAAGAAAUAAAAUUCUCAGAAAAUAUAUCUUUAAAAAAAAUAUUAUAAAAAAUUAUCAAUUUUAAUCAAAUAAUUGUUUCAUAUCUUAAAUUGCAAUUUCUGAAUGAUAAAAAAUAAAGCUUUACAUGAUUGACCAAUUGGCCGUUUCAGAAUCUAAUGGAUUCUGGGUAAUAUUUUCAAAAUUGUACACUAAAACCUUGUGAUUGGUAUAAACAGUACAAAAUAAUGGAAAUUUAACCAGUGACGUAAUGUUAUUUUCAUUUUGGUGUAAGAACAAUGAGAUUACCCAUAGUCUUCUUGAUUCUGUGAAAGCAAAUUCUCCUGUUCACUUGUAUGUUUCCCUUUGGAAAAAUGAAAUAAUGUUUAAAGUAAUCAUUAA